AAAAUUAACAUGCAAAAGUAAUUAAAGAGCAAAGAAUCCGUAUGCUUCCUCCUUUAUCGAUUGCUUAAUGGUGUAAACCUCUCCCAUUAAUCACAGCUCUAUAUUGCUCCCAACGUGAGAACAUAACAACAUCAAUAUUUGCACCAAAAAUCAACAAAUUAAGAAAACAAAGAGAGAUCUAGAGAGAGAGAAAGAGAAUGGACAAAGGAGAGCAACAAUUUGAGAUGGUAGCCAAAGCCUUUGUAGAUCACUACUACCUCUUAUUUGACACAAAUCGUGUUGAACUCUCCUCUCUGUAUAACCAAACCUCCAUGCUCUCGUUCGAGGGCCAAAAGAUUCAGGGGGCUGAAGAGAUCGGGAUGAAGCUCUCUCAGCUCCCGUUCGAUCAAUGUCGGCAUGCGAUCUCGACCAUUGAUUGUCAGCCGUCGCCGCUUGCUGGUGGAAUUCUUGUUUUUGUUAGUGGAAACCUCCAGCUGCCCGGGGAGGAGCACCAUCUCAAGUUCAGCCAGAUGUUUCAGUUGAUUCCAACACAGCAAGGGAGCUUUUUUGUGCAGAAUGACAUAUUCCGGCUGAACUAUGGUUAAAGCUUAAGCAUGGGAUUUGGAAUGAUCUUGAAAGGAAUAUUUUAACUGAGACAAAGAUGGAAGUUGAUCCAAGAAAUCUAAGGGGGCAGUAGCCUGUUUUGUUUUGUUUUUCCGUUUUCCGUUUUUCGUUUUUUUUGUGGGGUCUAAUCAUUGUUGUUCUGAGAAAUAAAGAACUCUAUUAUUGUUGGUUUCUUAAAAUUUGGUGGUUUGUAAACUUGACGCUGAUUGUUACAGCUGUUAUUAUUGUUAUUAUUAUUCUUGAAAUGUCAUUACUAGUGUUAUUGAA